AGGCCGCCUCCGCCCCCCGCCCCGGUCUGCGCCCACCGUCGCCUUUAACUUCCCCCUCCUCCGUUACCGUCUCCCCCCUUCCCACCUCCCCCACCCGCUGUUCAUCGACAUUCAACAGGAAUUCGAUUUGAUUUCGAUUUGAUUGCGACUCUGCUACGCCGCGUUCCACCCGGGGUGGCUGUUCUUCGAUUUUAGUAGGGUUGCGGAGCCCUUGGAUUUCGUGUAGGGAAGCCUCCUCCCCGGCCGUGUGAUGGACGCGAGGGAGAUGUGAAGCCUGGCCGUUAACUGAUGCUCGUGGAGAGAUUCGGAGGAGAGGAGCGCGCGGUGAGGAGGCGGUGGAGGCGGAAGCGCCGAAGAGUUGGCCACCAGCGCAGCCACGGACGACGCGCAGCCGCCGGGGGACGAGGCCUGGAACAGGGCUGCUCCGCCGCCGCUGACGCCCGCCGCCUCCAUGGGGGAGUCGCUGCUCACCGCGCUCUCCAUGGACACCGCCACGGCCCACCACCCGCACCAGGGCCCCUCCACCUUCCUCUCCAUGGACACUGCCUCCCACGACGAGUUCGACCUCUUCCUCCCGCCGCCAGGCCCCUUCCAGCGCUGCCUCCAUGCCGCCGCAGCCGCCCCCCCUGACAUCAACCUCCCCCUCGCCGCUGACCCGUCGCCUCCCCCUCCGGCUAUGCAGACCACCACCCUCCAUGAAUCCAACGUCGACAUGCUGGAUGUUGGCCUCGGCUGCCCGCAGCUCUAUGACUCGGACUCGCCUGCUGCUGCUGCCGCAGCCACCUCGGCCCCGGUGUCCACCACAACAACUGUCCAUGUGUCUCACACCAAGAGCUCCGGUUCCAGCGCCGCGCGCAAGUGCGUGAAGCGGAACGAUAGCAUCUGGGGUGCAUGGUUCUUCUUCACCCACUACUUCAAGCCGGUCAUGUCGGCUGAUAAGUCCAGCAAGACCAAGGCACCCACUGCUGCUGGGAAUGGUAAUAGCGCCACACUGGAUGCUUUCCUGGUGCAGCACGACAUGGAGAACAUGUACAUGUGGGUGUUUAAGGAUCGGCCGGAGAAUGCCCUGGGGAAGAUGCAGCUGAGGAGCUUCAUGAAUGGUCACUCGCGCCUUGGGGAGCCACAGUUUCCUUUCAGCGCAGACAAAGGGUUUGUGCGCUCACACCGGAUGCAGCGUAAGCACUACCGGGGUUUGUCAAACCCGCAGUGCCUUCAUGGUAUUGAGAUCGUGCGGACACCGAACUUAGUGGGUGUUCCUGAGGCCGAUAUGAAGAGGUGGUUUGAGCUCACUGGGAGGGAUGCCAAUUUCUCGGUUCCCACUGAGGCAGAUGAUUUUGAAUCAUGGAGGAAUCUGCCGACCAUGGAAUUUGAGCUUGAGAGGCCUGCAACUGCUGCUCCAGCAAAGAGCACCUCACAUGGCCAUCACAAGAAGGUGCUCAAUGGUUCUGGCCUUAACCUGUCAACACAUGCAUCAAAGCAUGGUUCUGGGGAUGGUUUGGACAUCUCAGGCGUGUGCAACAAACGCAGGAAAGAUUCCUCCCCCUCUGCCAUGGAAGAGGAUUGCAGCAAUUCAAAUUCAGACAAGGUUCAGGACAUGGAUGUGAGCCACACUUUUGAGCCAUCAUGGAAUAAUGACUUCACCGGUGUGAUGCGUCAUGCUUCUGGGCCAGUAACUGCUGCAAAAACAAUAUAUGAAGAUAGCAAGGGCUACUUGAUUAUCAUUAGCCUGCCAUUUGCUGAUAUACAGAAGGUGAAGGUUACCUGGAAGAACACUCUUACGAAUGGCGUCGUUAAGAUAUCAUGCACUAGUGUCGGACGGAUGCCAUUUUUGAAGCGACAUGACCGGACCUUCAAGCUGACGGAUCCUUCACCUGAGCAUUGUCCACCAGGAGAGUUCAUCCGGGAAGUUCCAUUGCCUACCCGGAUCCCAGAAGAUGCUACUCUGGAAGCAUACUGUGAUGAAUCAGGAACAGGCCUAGAGAUUAUUGUCCCUAAACACCGUGCUGGACCUGAAGAACAUGAAGUCCAUGUGUCCCUGAGGCCUCCCUCGUCAUGGUGCCAAUGAAAACAUGUUGAAGGUGUGUGAUAGAUGUUCAUGUAGUAGUUAGAGUGUCCAUUAUUGUCAGCUGCUCUUGAUUGAUCCUUUGCUGUCUGCUAACCCUCUAGUAUGCGGGGAGACAAGGUGUGGAUGUUACCAUACAACAAAUGCAGCUCAGUUUUGCUAAUUGUGACGGAGCAGGCCCUAGUCGAUCGAAGCAUUCUGCUAGUUGGAAGUUGGCAGCUGUGGAAUUGUAGGGACAUGCUACAGGCCACAAGGAACAUAUCUGGAUUACUGGUCUGCCCUAUGUUUCGGUAUCGUUGCUGGGGAAUACAUUGUGUAUUAUCUUUUGCUUUUUUGUGGAAGUUUUCUUUGUAUGAAAGGUUUGUAGCCAGCCUGCUCAAUAUGCUUCCAUCUGUGCAAUACUCUGGUGAGCGGUCUGUUUAGGCAUUUAUAGUCGGUUUCUGUAGGUUGGUGAGAAAUCUGCUUUGUGGGCAUUCUUGGAAAUUUCAUCCAAGGAAGGAGUUCAUGCCAGUGUUUGUAGGAUUUGUCCAUGUUUUGUGGGUACUAUAUUGUUUUAUUAGCAUUUGAACGCUUUCCAGAAAUUGCUGGAAGGCGAGUGCAAUUGUUUGAUGGAGUACCAGUGUAAACAAUCUGUCAUCAAUAUAGAUUAGUCUUUAUCAGUCA